AUGCCUAAAUUCUUUUGUGAUUACUGCGACGUCUACCUCACGCACGACUCCAUGAGCGUGCGCAAAGCCCACAACUCGGGCCGCAACCAUCUCCGCAACGUCGUCGACUACUACCAACAAAUCGGCCACGAAAAGGCACAGUCCGUCAUUGACAGCAUCACCUCCUCGUACGCCGCCGAGGGCCAGGCCCACGCCAACCCCAUGCUGCCGCAGAACCAGCCCGGCGCGCACCACCACCCGCACCACCACCCGGGCGGCUUCCACCCGCCGCCGUUUCCCUUCCCUGGCGGCGGCGGCGCUGGCGCUGGCGCGGCUGGAGGUCCGCCUCCGCCGUUCCCCGGCAUGCCUCCUCCCGGCGCCUUUCCUCCCCCCCCAGGUGCCCGCGGUGCUGGCGGCCCGAUGCCGCCGUUCCCUCCCGGGCCCAACGGCCUGCCCAUACCGCCCCCCGGCGCGCUUCCAUUCCCGCCGCCUGGUGGUCUGCCGUUCCCGCCGCCGGGAGGGCUGCCGCCCAACUUCCAGUUCCCGCCCCCGCCCGGUGGCCUUCCUUUCCCUGCUGGUGGGCCUCCUCCGCCCGGUCAGGAUCCUCGCCGGUAG